CAGCUGUUUUCAGUCAUAGUUGAGCAUCAUAGAUAAACAUUUAUUUGAAAGAUGAUUGCAUAGUUUGUGGAGAUAUUGAUUAUUGUAUUGUGAUUUAAAUAAAUAGAUGUAAAAUAAAUAUAAUAUUUUCUUGAUAAAAUAUAUUGUCAUCAAAGCUGAAAUUUAUUUUGGGUUAUUGAAUUGCACCUCCCUGUCAUACUUUAUAUUGAAACAUAUUUGACCUUGAACUUUAUUUGACCUUGAACCAUACUUAACCCCGAACAUUAAAGGUCAAACGAUAAUAAUUUAAUUGAUUGUGUGUGAAAAUAUAGUGUUUAGACCUGAUUUCUGAUUGACAUUUUAUUUAUUUUCAUUAAAAAAAAAAAAAAAAAAAAUUAGGAAAUUUUGACAUACUUUAUUUUUUUAAUGUAAACAUUAUUAAAUUUUUUUCUUUUAGGCAAUACACAGUUAGAUAUUAGUUUAUUUGAUAUUGGAAACUUUUCAUUUGUCAUUGAUUGAUUAAAUUACAAUUUAGUACAAUUGACAUUAAAGAUUUUACAUUUUAAAUUUUACUUUUUGAUUGUUUACUUAGUGUGACAGUAACAUACCGUUAAUUAAUUUACAAUUUAACAUCCGUAUAGACAAGUAAAUUAAAGACUAUUUACUUUUAAGGUUUGAACUUGGAUAUAUAUGAUAAUGGUUCUACUGCGGCUUAACGUUAAGUGAUUGAUGGUUUUACUAUGUCUUGAUAUGGGUUAGAUAAUUCAAAGUACUGAUGAUCUGUGACUAUAGUUCUACAAUAUAGUGUCCAUAUUAUGUAUAUAUGAGAUUUUUUAUUUUGAGAAUGUUCAUAUGAUAUAGUGUAUUGAUUGAAAAGUAAUACUAUUGUGAAUUAAAGUGAAUUACAGUGUAAAUCACUGAUUGACUAUUGAUAACUGAUAUUUGUGAAGCAACAAUUAGACAUUGUGAAUUGAAUAGUGAAUAGUUUUCAUUAUGACGACAUUAAGUAGCAUUGAGGAAGAUCCCUACUCACCUGAGGAAGAGGAGAAAGAUUUGGGAGAGGAAAUAACUGCAGAUGAAGCUAAAUUGAUUGAAGCUUUAAGGACUUUGAAAAUUAAGCCCAAAUUAGGAUCAGCUACUGAUUUGAUGAAAUUUAUGAAAUUGUUUGGUGAUAUUAAAGAGGAUGAUGAUGAUGAGCAUACUGCUACUGCAACAGGACAUCCUGAGCCAGCACCUAAGUCAGGAAAGUAUCAAUAUCCACGUUUGUCAAUAUUUUUUGGCGAAGAAGGGAAAGGUGAAGUAACAUGGGAUAGUUUUAAAUAUGAGGUAGAUGCGUAUCGUUCUGAUGGUAUAUUUAAGCAGGAACAGAUACUACAUGGAAUAAGACGGGCGUUAAAAGGGAGUGCCAGUGAUAAGGUCAGGAGACUCGGACCAGAUGCAACACUUGAAGAAGUUAUGGAUAAACUGGAAAAUGAUUAUGGCACAGUCGAGUCUAGAGAAAGUGUGAUGAGGAAGUUUUAUUCAAGUAAACAAAAACAAGGAGAAUCUGUUGAACAGUAUGCUUCCCGGUUAGAAGAGCUUUUUGAUCAAGCCGUGAAAUUGGGAUCACUUAAAAGAACAGAUACAGAUAUUUUGAAGGAAGUUUUACAUAAUGGACUUUUAAAGGAUCUUAAACAUAUGACAGUAUACCAAAUGGAUAAGAUUAAGGACUUCAAUGACUUUAAAAGAGAAUUGAGGAAGAUUGAAUCUGACUUGAAGGAUAGUGGCAGCCCUAAGGACAUGAAGGAGAAGACAUGUAAAGUGGCGGUGAAUACAGAGUCCAAUGAGAUGACAGAAGUGAAGAAGUUGCUGCAGAAGUUGAAUGAUAGGAUAGACUUGUUAGAGAAACAGAAAGAGGAAGGAGCAGUGGGAGGUGCAAAUGUUCCGAGAUAUUGGAUGAACAGCCGAGGUUAUCAUAGAGGAAGAGGGAUGACAAGAGGCCGUGGAUAUGCUGGUAGAGGAAGUGGAACAUAUAAUGGAGUAUAUAGAGGUACUGGAGCAUAUAGAGGAUCAUACACAGGAGGAUCAUACACAGGAACUAGUAAUCCAGGGGAAUGCUAUGUAUGCAGGAAACCAGGACAUUUAAGGAGAGAUUGCCCAACUUUAUUGAAAGACAUCACCUGUUUCAAGUGUAACGAGAAAGGCCACCGACAACGAGAUUGCCCAAAAGUGUAA